GUCACUGUCAACCAGUACGUCAAUGUCAAAAAUUACAUUUAAAGUCAAUUUUUUCGAGGUCGUCAGAAUGUUUGCCAUUCGAUGUUUCAAAACCGGAAUAAAACAGAUUAGUCCGCUUAAAUUACAAAUGCGGAAAGAAUCGAUGUUUCACAGAGGCGUGACGUUCUUUUUUAAGAAAAACCUAUUUUUAACUAACAGUUUAACAUCAGGAGUCUGCAUGGCUCUUGGGGACUUAAUACAACAAGAAUUUGAAUUUCAAACCAAAGUGCUACCUGAAAGAUAUGACUGGGGAAGAAUAGCUCGCAUGUUUACAGUUGGGACAGCUAUGGGCCCUUUACACCACUUUUAUUAUGAUUAUUUAGACAAAUUGUUACCAAAGGUUAAUUUAAAAACAGUAUUUUUAAAAAUAGGCUGUGAUCAAGCAUUCGCAUCACCGGUUACACUAAUUACUUUUUUCUAUGGCAUGGGAUAUUUAGAACAAAAAACUUUAAGGGAGAGUACAGAAGAGAUUAAAAAGAAAUUAUUGUAUGCCUAUGUGGGUGAUUGUAUGUAUUGGCCACCAGUUCAAUUUAUUAACUUUUACUUUUUACCUACACAUUACAGGGUGGUAUACAUAAAUGUAGCAACAAUGAUAUUUAACAUUUUCCUAUCAUUCAUGAAACAUUAUGACCAAAAAAGUCACUGAUGAUAAUUGAUUUUUAUUUUGUACAUACUUUGUAUAAAAAUAUUACUUUUGGGUAUUGUUAAUUUAUAGAUAGAUUUAUGAGAGCUUGGGAUGUCCCAGAUCAAAAUAUUUAUUAUUUAACUAAAAUAGUUGUUGGGAUUGUCUCUUGUGUUUAGUAAAUAUGAGUGCUAGUACAAUGCUCGCCAAUGUGAUAUUAAAAUAGUUACAGAUUUUAUUUAUUUGAAUAUUAUAUAAGACAAACUAGGUGUAAUAUUUUAACAUUUUUGCAAAAACAUUGUUAAUGUUUCCCAAUUUUCAUGCUGGUAUGUGGCAACCAAGUUUAAAAAAUAUAUUAUAUAAUAUAUAAAAUUAAU